CGGCGGGUCUGAGGCGGCGGGGAGCAGGGCGGGGAGCAGCCGCCGCAGAGACUCCACAAGCCGGAAGAGCAGCACAACAUGGUGCGGUGACGCCGAGCGACGACCGGAGGAGCCUUCAAACGUUCAGCUGCACGAAAGAAAAUCGAGGUGCUAAGAUGAGUCGGCGGCGGACAGACUCCCAGGGUUCCCUGGGGCCCGACGAUGAGGCCAUGCCGUACAGCGACGACGAGACGGACGACGAGUUGGCAGUAAGUUCUGAAGGGGAACCUGAAGCACCGCCAGGAGCUCCACAUCCCCCGGUGGAAACUAGACCCAGUGACAUGGGCUGGAAGGUAAAAGCCAACGACCGAGCUUAUCACCAGCUGCCAGAGUUUCAGAAGAAAGUCUUCCUGUGCAUCAAGAAGAGCCGAUACUCUGGAAAUGCCAUUAAGACCUACAAGUACAACGCCUUCACCUUCCUGCCCCUGAACCUGUAUGAGCAACUGAAGAGAGCAGCCAACCUUUACUUCCUGGCUCUGCUCAUCUUACAGAUCAUUCCAGAAAUUUCCACCCUGCCCUGGUACACCACGCUUAUCCCUCUGGUCGUGGUGCUGGGAGUGACCGCCAUCAAAGACCUGGUGGAUGAUCUGGCACGUCACAGGAUGGACAAGGAGAUCAACAACAGGAAGUCUGAAGUCCUGCUGAAUGGCAGGUUUCAGGAGGCAAAAUGGAGGGACAUCCAGGUUGGCGACGUGGUUCGAAUGAAGAAAAACGACUUUAUUCCGGCCGACAUCCUGCUGUUGUCCAGCUCCAACCCAAACAGCCUCUGUUAUGUAGAAACUGCUGAACUCGAUGGAGAAACCAACCUGAAGUUCAAGAUGGGACUCCGAGUGACUGACGAGAGGCUUCAAGAGGAACGUCAGCUGGCCGAGUUUAAUGCCCUGAUCGAGUGCGAGGAGCCGAACAACCGUCUGGAUAAGUUCCUGGGGAUGAUGCUGUGGAACCGGGAGCAGUAUCCGUUAGAACUGGACAACAUGCUGCUCCGAGGCUGCAAGGUCCGAAACACCGAGGAGUGCCACGGCCUGGUCAUCUUCGCAGGAGCCGACACCAAAAUCAUGAGGAACGGUGGCAAAACCAGGUUCAAGAGGACCAAAAUUGAUGAGCUGAUGAACUACAUGGUUUACACAAUCUUCGCGCUGCUCCUCCUGGUGGCGGCUGGUCUGGCCAUCGGUCACACCUACUGGUACGAGGAUAUCGGAUCUAAAGCCUGGUAUCUGUAUGACGGCAAAGACCAGGACGCCUCCUACAGAGGCUUCCUCAGCUUCUGGGGAUACAUCAUCGUCCUCAACACCAUGGUGCCCAUUUCUCUCUACGUCAGUGUGGAGGUGAUUCGACUCGGACAGAGUAAGUUCAUCAACUGGGACCUGCAGAUGUAUUUUGCAGAGAAAGACACACCAGCAAAGGCUCGAACCACCACCUUGAAUGAGCAGCUCGGUCAGAUCGAGUACAUCUUCUCCGACAAGACAGGAACUCUGACGCAGAACAUCAUGGCGUUCAAGAAGUGCACCAUCGCUGGACGAAGCUACGGUGACCCAACCACUGCUGAAGGAGUGUCGCUGGACCGAGGAAGGCCGGUGGACUGGAGCUGGAACCGCUACGCCGACAAGAAGUUCCAGUUCAUGGAUAAUUACCUGGUGGCUCAUGUCCGAUCCAAGAAGGACAGAGACGCUAUGGAGUUCUUCAAGCUGCUGUCGCUCUGCCACACCGUCAUGGUCGAGAACAAAGACGGUGAACUGGUUUAUCAGGCGGCGUCUCCGGACGAAGGCGCCUUGGUGACGGCGGCCAGGAACUUCGGCUUCGUGUUUCUGUCUCGUACUCAGGACACCAUCACCAUCAGGGAGAUGGACCAGGAGACCACCUACGAGAUGCUGGCGCUGCUCGACUUCAACUCGGACCGCAAGCGCAUGUCGAUCAUCCUGAAGUUUCCUGAUGGUCGUAUUCGUCUGUACUGCAAAGGAGCCGACACCGUCAUCUACGAGCGACUGGCGCCCAACUCCAGACACAAGGAGACCACCCAGACGGCUCUGGACGUCUUCGCCAACGAGACCUUGAGGACUCUGUGUUUGUGCUACAAAGACAUCAGCGCCCAGGAGUACGAAGCCUGGUCCAGGAAGCACAAAGACGCCCAGCUAACGUUGUCGAAUCGAGACGCCGCUCUGGACCGAGUGUACGAACAGAUCGAGAACAACCUGAUGCUGAUCGGAGCGACCGCUAUCGAGGAUAAACUGCAGGACGGAGUGCCGGAGACCAUCGCUAAGCUGGCCAAAGCCGACAUCAAGAUCUGGGUCCUGACUGGAGAUAAGAAAGAAACGGCGGAGAACAUCGGAUAUUCCUGUUCCCUCCUGACAGACGACAUGCAGAUUCACUACGGAGAAGACGUCAAUGAGAAGCUGAGCAUUCGUCAGGCCAACAGGAGGAACGAACCUCAAACUGUCUAUCGACGCAAAAAGAAACCUGCAGAACCGUUCUUCACCCAACCAGGCAAAAACGCUCUGAUCAUCACCGGAGGAUGGCUGAACGAGAUUUUGUACGAAAAGAAGAAGAAACGCCGCCGUCUGCGUCUCCGUCGUCUGGGAAAGCGACCUCCUCCCAGCAGCCCUCAGGACGGACAACCGAUGAAUGACCUGGAAAAAGAAAUGAGACAGAUCGACUUUGUGGACAUGGCUUGUGAGUGCGAGGCGGUCAUCUGCUGUCGCGUGACACCAAAACAAAAGGCCAACGUGGUGAGUCUGGUGAAGAAGUACAAGAAGGCCGUGACGCUGUCCAUCGGAGACGGAGCCAACGACGUCAACAUGAUCAAGACUGCAGACAUCGGCGUCGGCAUCAGCGGUCAGGAGGGGAUGCAGGCCGUUAUGUCCAGCGACUACGCCUUCGCCCAGUUCCGUUACCUGCAGCGCCUCCUGCUGGUUCACGGACGCUGGUCCUACAUCCGGAUGUGCAAGUUCCUGCGUUUCUUCUUCUUCAAGAACUUCGCCUUCACUCUGGUUCACUUCUGGUACUCAUUCUUCAGCGGAUACUCCUCACAGGUCGCCUAUGAAGACUGGUUCAUCACUCUCUACAAUCUCUGUUACAGCAGUUUACCUGUUCUACUUGUUGGACUUCUUGACCAGGACGUUAACGACAGACUGAGCCUGAAAUUCCCCAAACUCUACCUGCCCGGCCAGCAGGGGACGCUCUUCAACUACAAGAACUUCUUCAUCAGCCUGUUCCACGGCAUCUUCGUCUCGCUCAUUAUCUUCUUCAUCCCCUACGGAGCGUUCCUGCAGACGAUGGGGCAGGAUGGUGAAGCUCCCUCCGACUACCAGUCCUUCGCCGUCGUAACCGCCUCGUCCUUGAUCUUCACCGUCAACCUGCAGAUCUCUCUGGAUACCUCCUACUGGACCUUCGUCAACUGUUUUGCAGUUUUGGGCAGCAUAGCUAUCUACUUUGGCAUCAUGUUUGACAUCCACAGCGCUGGAAUCCACGUCAUCUUCCCCUCUAUUUUCACCUUCACUGGUGCAGCAUCAAACGCUCUGCGUCAGCCCUACCUGUGGUUAACCAUCAUCCUGACGGUGGGCAUCAGCCUCCUGCCGGUCAUCUGCAUCCAGUUCCUCCAUAAAACCAUCUGGCCCUCUGUAGGAGACAAGGUCCAGAGAAACAGGAAGAAGUACGAGAUGGAACUGGAGGAGAAGGAGAAGAAGAAGCAGCCGUCGGCCUUCCAGCGAGGCCGGCGUUCCCGACGGUCCGCCUACGCCUUCUCUCACUCUCGUGGUUACGCUGACCUCAUCUCGUCCGGGCGAAGCAUUCGACGGCGUCCGGCGGCCCGUGGUGGACCCCAGGAUAGCAUCAGGGAGGUUCCCCACCGAGAGGCCGAAAACAUCUGAGGGCGGCUGAGCGGGAGACGGAGCAAAACUGCAGCCGGAAGGGUUGUAAAUAUUUGGAAGUAUGAUGAGCGUUUGGUAUAUCUUUUUGUUGAGUCGCUGCUGGACGGUCAACAUCAGAAACACCGACAUCAGCCUGGUCGGAGUUCAAGGAGACCUUUGUGGUGUUCAGGUGCCUCAGAGGGAGAUAAAGGAAAAGAAGUUGCUUGACUUUCAGAACUGAAAUGAGGAGCUUGGUUUACCACCAGCAAACUUGCGGUAAAGUUAAAACUGCCGAAUGUGGUUUUGCUCCAGACUCUUCCGCCUCCAGCUCCACCUCAGCACAGAGUUGCUGUGAAAAUGCAAAAAAGAAAAGCUCACCGAAGAGAAGACCUCCGUUGCUGGGGUUCGAGGUCAUGCAGUGUCUGUAUGACUGACAAUGUUGUUUAACUCAGGAUUUUUAAAAUAAAAGCCUUAUUUUUAGUGAGUUUGUCCCUGCUCACCACCACUGGAGCCAUUUCGUUGUUCAAUAGGAUGCUUUUUGAUGGUUUUAGCUUGACGUCCGUGAAGCACCCAAUAUAUGAGUGUUUUGUUCAAAUUUUAAAAGUCCAGUUAAUUUAUCUACAUGAGAUCUAACUGCAAAAUCUGUGGAGUUCAGUUUUCUUUCCGUCCGUUGAGCCCAAACGUUUUCCUUUAAAACAGUGAGCUGAAGCCAAACACGUCAAAAUAUCAUCUUUUAAUGUUUUAUUCAUGGCAGUAGUGGGAUGUUACUAUGCCAGGCUAUGCAAGGUGGUCAGAUGUUAUAAAGCGUGUCUUAAUUUAACAAUAACUUGUGAAUAGUGAUCAUUUUUCCUCUCCGGAGUGCAUGUCAUGAAUAUGUGUAGGAAUUUGAGGGAGCUCAUCCUGAAAAUCUUUUAAAUACCUCUUUCAAAGCUGGGUUAUUUCUUCUAUACCUCACAUUUUGUUUCAGUUUUAUUUUUCUAAGGUGCUCUUUAAAAGCCGUAGGGGACCUCUAAAGAGCUCUGGUUUGUCUUUCAUCAUCUGCAAAGUUUCUUUUCGGCUUCUUACAAUUUGCAGAAUUCAAGUGCUUGUAAUAGAGAAAGAAACACAGCAUGGACGUCUUGGUUUAUCUUCAUUUGAUUAUGUCUUAGAAGUUUCUUUUUAUUUUCUUAACUUCUUGUAAGUUAUAUCACAUAUUCCGUAAGUCUAAAAAUGACAGUUUUCUAUGUGUGCACUGGUUGUUUACAACUAAUCCAAUGAUUUUGCUCUGUUCCUUUUUCAGUCCUGCUCUAAGAUUUAUUGAUAUCUGCGAGACAAUGCUAAGCCAAAACUGACCAUGAUUCCUGUUCUGACUGUUACUGUAUCCUCCUCAUGCUACCGUUUCUGUCCGCAGGUAAUAGUCUUUUAUUACUGAAUGACUUGAGGCAUGUGAUCAGGAUUGCUGUUGAGGUUCUGCAGCAGUUUGGUCUUUGUCAUAUGAUGGUAUUUUAUCAUGCGGUUGUUAAUAAAUGCCAAGGGCACAUUUAGCAAUCUGAAA